UUCCAGCCUGACCCUAUAUCCGCUAACAUAGCUCGUCGAGGGAGGCGAUGACUUGGCAUACGUAACACAUAUCCUAACCAUCUCAGUCGAUGUAGCUUCACGACUUCGUCGAUUGAUUUCCCCUGUUUACCUAGAACUCUACGCCUAACCUCCAUGUUGCUCACCUUAUUAUGCCACUUUACACGGGAAAUAGAACGCAGGCACCUAUGAUCAAAGACAGCUAAUCUUUUCAUGUCUUCCACUCUCGGUGGCCAGGUCUCCCAGCUGGCCAUAAAGGAGGACGGAGCGGACUGAUGAGCAGUACACCCGCCCUUUGGUCGAUAGUCGAACAUCUCGUCUACGCCAGAGUCGGCGUAAACUAACAAAUGCGAAACGAGCCCCUUGUAUUCGUGCUGAGAUUUCGUCAGAGAUCAGCCCGUUGGCACUGGCUGAUGGUACUUCCCAAAUAAGUGAAGCGGUCAACGUGCUCUACCACUUCGCUUCCUAUUUCUAAACUAGGAGCCAGCGUAGUCCAGUCCUGUAACAUCAUCUUGCAUUUGGCGGGAGCGAAUCGCAUGCCAAACAUUCGUAGAUUGCUGUUCAAGGUGUUUAGAAGACUCUGCAUUUUGUCAGCGUCUUCGCCUAGAAGGACUAUAUCGUCUGCAUAUUCCAAGUCAACGAGAUUAUUCCCAGGUAGCAAGUCAACCCCUGAAUCGCUGAAGUCACCUAGGGUUAAGUCCAUUAACACAUCUAUGAUGAAGUUGAAUAGAAAAGCAGAUAAUGGGCAUCCUUGACGGACACCACUGGUCGUCAAGGAUCGAGUGGAAAGACCGGGGUUAUUGUGAUGGUAUGGGAAGGAGACUAAAAUUUCGAGAAAUCAUGAGUUAAUCCUGUUGUAGGUGAUUCGUAAUCCUGUGUCAACUUUGCUUAGAUAUCUGCAUUCAAAUUGAAAUCCUAUUCUUUUGAAGAAUUAUUUGAUCUGACUUAACGGUGUAUAUUUCACGCUCCGAUAUUAAAAGAGUUAUUUGUAUAAUUGUAUUGGCUCAGAAUCUGGUUGUUGUAUGUCUACCUCAUUAUACUGUUAUGCUGAAAAAUGUAGCUGUUGCUUUCGCAGAUAAGCAGUGGAUUGCGUUCUUGUAAUUCGUUUCAUGGCAAAACUGGUUGCAAUUUUGAGCAGUAGAAGUAUUGGUAAGGUUUGUAUGAAGUAUUUCUCAUACUGAAACGCUCAAACAGGGUUAUGUGAAGUGCCUAAUGAUGAACAAUAUUGCAGACAAAGACGAAAAUAGCUAUAGUGCAUUGCAGUAUGCUCAGUACGACUCAUUGGUUUCUUUUGCUAAGCUAUACCGUUAUACUAAAGCUGAUGGGUGAUUCAUAAAUUUUUACACCUUGGUAGGUCAGAUAGAAUCCAAACAUGCAAUUCACUGGUUUAAUGACCAAUACCUAAACCAUUGGUUCAUAAUGCAAAUUGACUACAUGUUUUGAUGCAAACCUUAUUACUGGUCUGUAUAUUCAGGGGUUAUACAUCACAGUUAGUAACGUAGUUGUGUAAUAACAGCAUAUUGAGAGGUGACAUGCCAAGUAGAAAUGUACCGAAUCUGAACUCUUCGCAAGUUAUCCCUGUGAUAUGUUUCAGAGAAAUCAGCUUUUUUGUAUCUCCUGCUGUUUCAAUUUUCUUUAGUAGUUUCUUAAGAUAUUAACUCGCCAAGAAUUAGGUAGUACUUCACUAAAGAUGAACUCAUACCAUACUUGUGGUAUAGAUUAGUAGCUUUGCACACUGAAUUCGACGAAGUUUAUCUAUUUAGUUGCCCGGUAUGGCUCAUGGUACCGGGAUGUUAUCUGUAAUUACUUUGUUUUUAGAGAAAAUGCACAUUUUGAGGUAUUGAGCACUGGUUGAGUCAAUAAGAAAUGGUCUGGCUGUCGAACAUCUAGAUUACUAACCUUCUCCCUCAGUUCCUAAACUUUCAUCUAACUUGUACACAAGUGUUCUUUGGAGUAAUGUGGUUGUGAGCGCUGCUCAGCUGGAGUCAAGAUGAAAAUAACUUUAUUGUUCAAUUUUACAGUUAAGGCCGCUUGUUCUCAUAUGCUUCGGCUGUUGAGACUGCCAUUAUUACCUUUAAAACUUUUUUCAACCUUAAAUUAUGAAACAAUUUGGUAAGGGCAAUUUUUCAUGAACUAUUCAAUUAUUCUUUUUACUCUUUGAAAAUGUUACAAGUCAACUCAUGGAAGUCGAGUCAUUCUCUUAAAUACCUUGGCAUUCCGAGAUAUAUAAGCAGUGGGUCGAUUAAUCUAAAUAAAACAGCUCUUCGAUUCCUUGUGAUGGAUCGUUUCUCUGGAGAUUUCGAAUCCACAUUAAAGAAUCGUGAAAUAUCUGCAUCUGGUAUUCUUGAAGUCAGCGCAAAUGUGCUAAGUGCACUAGAAUAUAUGCAUUCAAGAGACUACGCUCAUGCAGAUAUUAAAGCUUCUAAUCUUCUUCAUUUAUCGUCCAAACAAGAGGUUUAUUUGGCUGACUUUGGUCUAGUCCACUUAUUUCGUUCAAAAGGUGUACAUACUGUUGAGAAACCAGAUCCUAAAUUUCGACACAAUGGAACAAUAGAGUUUUGUUCACGAGAUGCACAUACUGGACUCCCUCCAUCUCGUCGUGGAGAUUUGGAAAUUCUACUGUUCAAUCUUAUUCAUUGGUUGGCUCGAUCUCAUCCCAAUGCUCCUCAGUUACAUUCCACUGGUCUUCCUUGGGGAUAUCUCAUUUCAGACCCUAAAUUACGCGCUAAUGUUCCUGAUCGUGUUAAAGUGUCAGUGGCUGAUUUAAAAGAGAAAACAAUGAAAAAUCCUGCAGAAUUUGUAUUACAAGCUGGUUAUGGACCAAAUGCUGAUAUACUGGCAUUCAUUCAGUCAAUCAAACAGUUGGGUUAUUCAGAUACACCAGAUUAUGCCUAUUUACGUAAACUUUUGCACAGUGCUAAGUCAUCGAUUGGCAAACAAACCGUUUCAUCUAGUCAUAAGUUAACUGUGGAAUCUAAUGAAACGGGGGUUAUUUCUCCACCAACACUCCGUAAAUAUAAUAAGAAAGAUGUAUUAAAAUCCAACGAUUCACGUGCUUUGAAUUCAGUUGAAAAUUUAGAUCCUAACAAUUCCAUUUCAAAAACACCAGACAGUUUACCAACUAAAAAGCCCAGAGGUCGUCCACCUGGUAGUAGUCCUUUAAAACAAUUGGAGAAUAUAUCACCUGUGGGUACUUCUUCAAGGGCGGAUAAGAAUAUUUCUAAGGGUUCAACAGUAAACAGUACUAACCACGCUUCUAAACGUAAUGCUGUAAAGAGUUUACAUGCAUCUUCGCCAAAUAAAAAAUCCGCACCAGUUGAAUCGACAUCACUUACACCGAAAUCUGGUUUACCGAAUUCCGGCAAUGGAGAUACAAAUCUUCCAGGUCAACAGCGUAUUAGAACUCGACUUAUCGAUUUGUUCUCAGACAGUGAUGAUGAUAAUGAUAGUGAUGAAUUUUUCGCUAGUCUAAAGAAAAACUCAAGCAGAUCUCGUAAAGAUGUACUCAAGUCCACUCCUAAACUUGAAUCGCCAAAAGCGUCACCAUCCACACGGAAAAACCAUCAACAUUUAACAGACAAUGCAAGCAAACAAUCUCCAUUUAAGUCACCAGAGUAUACCUCACUAGUUGCUAAUCGUAGACGAUCUGGUUGGUGCCAAACAUCUCCGGAGUUGUUAGCUGUUGCCAAGGCAGAGGCAUUAGGUCGUAGAGCUGUCAAAUUGUCAGAAAUGAACUUGAAUUAA